UUUCAAUGGCAGGCGAUUGAUGAGCUUAUAAUCACUCCACGGCGGACAUAUAAAUUCCAACAGUCUGCAGUCCAUGUUGAACAAUCGGAACUUCUGCGAAGUAAGGAUGGUGCUGCGUAAAGUGUUCCCGGCCAUGUACACACUAUCGGAGGAGACACCGGCCUGCUCUCGGAAUGCGACUCUCUACUUGCUGCGCUGCAUCUUUCUAAUGGGGGUGCGACAGCCACCCGCACGAUUCUUUAUAGUCUACUGCCUGUGGUCUUUUGCGCUGAACCUCAGCUCGACGUUCUACCAGCCCAUUGCAUUCCUGACUGGAUACAUCAGCCACUUGUCUGAGUUCUCACCAGGGGAGUUCCUCACCUCGCUGCAAGUGGCCUUUAACGCCUUGUCCUGCUCCAUCAAGGUUCUGAUCGUCUGGGCAUUCGUCAAGCACUUAGACGAGGCCAAUAAUAUUUUGGACGAAAUGGAUAAGCGUCUCACCAAACCAAGCGAACGCCUCCGUGUCCAUCGCGCCGUCUCCAGAAGCAACCGCAUAUUCUUCUUCUAUAUGGCCGUGUACAUUCUCUAUGCCACAAACACGUUAAUUGCGGCCAUCGUGAUGGGAAAGCCGCUCUACCAGAACUACUAUCCGUACCUGGACUGGCGCUCCAGUUCCUGGAACCUGGGUCUGCAGAUGGGACUGGAGUACUUUGCUAUGGCCGGUGCCUGCCUGCAGGACGUCUGCGUGGACUGCUAUCCAGUGAACUUUGUCCUAGUGCUCCGUGCCCACAUGUCAAUCUUUGCGGACCGCCUAAGACAGUUGGGCAAGGACCCUGAUGUGAGCCACGAGAAGCGCUACGAGCAACUAGUCCAGUGCAUUCAAGACCACAAGACCAUUCUUCGCUUUGUCGAUUGCUUGCGACCCGUGAUUUCGGGAACCAUUUUUGUGCAAUUUCUGGUGGUGGGACUGGUACUUGGAUUCACGCUCAUCAACAUUGUGCUAUUUGCCAAUCUAGGCUCGGCCAUUGCCGCCCUGUUCUUCAUGACCGCAGUUCUCCUGGAGACUACUCCGUUCUGCAUUCUCUGCAAUUAUCUGACGGACGACUGCUAUAACCUGGCGAUCGCUCUUUUCCAGUCAAACUGGAUCGAUGGCAAGCAGCGCUACAAGAAGACGCUUAUGUACUUCCUGCAGAAGCUUCAGCAACCCAUCACCUUCAUGGCCAUGAACGCUUUUCCCAUUUCUGUGGGUACCAACAUUAUUGUCACCAAGUUUUCAUUCUCAGUGUUUACUCUGGUCAAGCAAAUGAAUAUUGCGGAGAAACUCUCCAAAGCUGAUGAGGAAGACAAAUUAAAUUAGCAAGUGAGCUUUAAGUUCGAUUAUUUCUCUAACAGA